AUACAGGUUGUGGGAAUCUUUGGCUUUACACAUGAAGAUCAUAUUGGAAAAAUCAGCUUUCCGCCCAUACAGGCUGUUCCGUCGUUCCCAAGCUCUUUUCCACAUCUUUUUGCUGGCCGCGACAAUCUACGUUGCUUGAUACCUUGCGCGAUUGACCAGGACCCUUACUUCAGAAUGACUAGAGAUGUUGCUCCUAGGAUAGGCUAUCAGAAGCCUGCUUUAAUUGAGUCAUCGUUUUUCCCUGCCCUUCAGGGGGAGACCGGAAAGAUGUCUGCUAGUGAUCCAAAUUCUGCAAUUUAUGUUACUGACUCGCCCAAAGUCAUUAAAAACAAGGUGAAUCGUUAUGCAUUUUCUGGUGGACAAGACUCUAUAGAGAACCACAGGAAGUAUGGUGCGAAUCUGGAGGUGGACAUUCCUGUCAAGUACCUUGGUUUCUUUCUUGAAGAUGAUGAUGAGCUCGAGCACAUAAAGAAGGAAUAUGGUGCAGGCCGGUUGUUGACCGGCGAGGUGAAGAAGCGUCUUAUUGAAGUUCUUUCAGAGAUAGUUGAGAGACAUCAAAAAGCUCGUGCUUUAGUGACAGACGAGAUGGUGGAUGCAUUCAUGGCUGUGAGGCCUCUUCCUCACAUGUUCAGCUAAAGAUGGUUUCACUUUGAAUUAUCCCUCACUCAAUUUGCUGUGUGAAAUAAGUGAGCAGAUGUGCAAUGAUUUUUUAGGCAUUUAUAUUUAAAUUUUAUGUAUCACAUAUAAAUUGGCUGUGGAAAUAUAUAUUUUAUAAGGGUUUACUAAUUUAUACCUUUAUCUAUUUAUUUUUUUCUCUUGGAAAUUCAGUUGAACCAAUUUAUGUCAUGUCUUUGAUGGGCUAAUACUCACUGGUAUUGUUUGUUUGGACUAAUGUACACUUUGUGCCCUUCCCCAUAUAUUGUUCUGUUUAUGUAACUACAAUUGUUAUUUAUUUACAGCCAUACAACACAUUUCUCAUGCACAG